AUGGAGUCUUGGAAGACAUAUUGGGCAGUCAUCUUCCUUGCAGCUAGUUUUGAUCUUAUCAAAUCCCAGAGAAUUGUCUGCAGGAAAGCCUCUGUUGGAGAUGUCGUGUUUCUGGUGAACACAAACAUUAAGCCCCAGUAUGCCCACAUCAUGAGAAGCUUCUUGAACAAUGUGAUCCAGGGUUUUAAUAUCACCAAAGAGACGGUUCGUGUGGGCUUGGCCCUGUACAGUGAUGUGCCCCAUUCUGAGUUCUUACUUUCAACCUACCACUACAAAAACCAAAUGCUGAAACACAUUCAGAAGCUUCAGUUUACACCUGGGGGCAACAAGAUGGGCUCGGCCCUGCAGUUCCUUCUAGAUCACUACUUCCAGGAAACAGCUGUGAGUCGGGCUGGGCAGGGUGUGCCUCAGAUUGCAGUGGUGAUCAGCAGUGGUAUAGCUGAGGACCAUCUGCAGGAACCUGCUGAGGCGUUUAGAAGGUUAGGCAUCAUCCUGUAUGCCAUUGGCAUCAAAGAUGCAGUUUUGACAGAACUCAAGAGAGUGGCUAGUAAUCCCGUGGAGAAGUUUACCACCUAUGUUCCCAGCUUCUCUGUUCUUGGCAAACUGGCUCCAAAGCUGAGGCAGGAACUCUGCGAUAUUUUGGCAAAGGAAGUUCAACCUGACAACCGCAUCUCCCCAGCUUGCAGAGAUGCAAUGUUGGCAGAACUACUCCUAAUAGACAACUCAACUAGCAUCGAAUCACAGUACUUCCAGAAAGAGAAGAAGUUCCUUUAUUCUGCCUCUUGGAAGAUUAAUAUUGGCAGUGACUAGGUCUGAGUAGAUCUUGUUCAGUAUAAUAACAUCUACUCUGCGUUUCAGCAGAAUCAGUAUGCUCAGAGAAGCAUGGUCCUGGAGAAAAUUCAAAAUCUUUCUAUUGAACAGGAGGUACAAACUCAGGGAGUGCCUUAGAACCAGCUACUUGAUUGAGGCAGCUGACAGCUGGGACAAGGAUAGGUUCCCCAAAUCGUUACCCGAAUAAGAGAUGGGGAGUCAAUUGAUGAAGCCCAGGAGGCAGCUGGCAUGUUGAAAGAAGAUGGAGUUGUAUAUUUGGUAGGGAUCAAAGUUCUGUAUAUACAUGGGUUGAAUAAAAUAGACAACAAGUUAUUUGAGAAGCUUCUCUUCAAUAGAGAAAGUUUAGCAUUUUAUAGAAAAUUUUCAGGAAGAUUUCUUCAAACUCAAUGCUUGGCAGUGGAGAGUAAGAUAAAAGAAUUGACUAAGACCUAUGCAGAUGUGGUCUUUCUUGCUGACACCUCUCAAGACACAUCAAGAGCCAGUUUCCAGUGGAUGCAGACUUUCAUCUCCAAAGUGGUUGGCUUACUCGAUGUUGGCAAAGACAAGUACCGAAUUGGGCUGGCUCAAUAUGGUGGACAAGGCCAUACUGAAUUUCUUUUCAAUACCUACCAGACCCAGAAUGAUAUUAUUGCUCAUAUCCAUGACCACUUUGUGUUCCGUGGUGGCUCCAGGAGGACAGGCAGAGCUCUGAGAUACCUUCAGGAGACUUUCUUUCAAGAGGCGGCUGGAAGUCGGUUUCUCCAGGGCAUUCCUCAGUAUGCAGUGGUCAUUUCUGCAGGAAAAUCUUCAGAUGAGGUCAAGGAUGCUGCACAAAUUCUGAAGGAGAAAGGCGUGAAAGUCAUGUCUGUGGGUGUACAGGAUUUUGACAGGAGAGAGCUGGAGUAUAUAGGGUCUCCCUCCCUUGUAUAUGAGAAACAAGGACAAGAGGGAGUCAGAGAGAUAAUACAAGAUGUCAAUGUGGUGCUACAAGGUACUGGAAGGGAGUUCACCAUUGAAGUUGAAAAGGAAGCUAUUUCUGCAUGUCCAACUGCUAUCCCGGCUGAUGUUGUAUUCCUCAUUGAGGACUUUAGCAGGGUCAGACAUUCAAAUUUCCAACAAGUUGUCAGUUUCUUAAAGACCAUGGUCAGUUCUCUGAGAAUUCAUCCUGAUGUUGUGAGGAUGGGCUUGGUUUUUUACAGUGAAGAAUCAAAACUUGAGUUUUCUUUGGAUACCUAUCAGACUGCAUCACAAAUCUUUGGACAUUUGGACAAAUUAACCUACAGGGAAAGAAGAGGAGGGACCAAGACUGGGGCUGCCUUGGACUUUCUAAGGAAUAAGGUUCUACUUCCAGAGAUGGGUGGUCGGAGGAUGAAAGGUGUGAAACAGAUAGCCGUGGUCAUCACUGAAAACUCCUCCCAAGAUAGUGUGGCCAGACCAGCCUCUCUCCUCCGCAAGGCCGAAGUCACCAUCUAUACAGUGAGCACUCAGUUUACUGAGAGUAAGGACCUAGAAAAGAUUGCAUCCUAUCCUUCAUGGAAGCAUGUUGUCCAUCUAGAAUCCUUUCUGCAACUCUCUGUGGUGGGAAAUAUGAUUAAGAAUCAACUGUGCCCUGAGGUUGUGGGCAGAAGUGUCUCCUCUUCUGGAAUGAGCUUUGUUCUUCAAACAGGUUGUGCUCAAGUGGAGAAGGCAGAUAUUUACUUCCUUAUUGAUGGGUCUGACAGCAUCCAACAAGAUGAUUUUCUGGAAAUGAAGAUGUUUAUGAAUGAGAUGAUAAAAAUAUUCCGUGUUGGGCCAGACAGUGUACAGUUUGGAGUUGUUCAGUACUCAGAGGGAGUCAGUAUUCAUUUUAUUCUCAAUCAGUAUUCCAGUGUGGUAGAUUUAAAGGCAGCCAUUGAUGACAUCCAAAAGAGAAGUGGUGGCACUGAGACAGGAUCUGCCUUGAUGACCGUGGCUCAGGCUUUUGCAGACACUGCUCGCAGCGGUGUUCCCUGGUAUCUCAUCAUCAUCACUGCUGGAAAAUCUGAGGACUCAGUGGCUAUUCCCAUAGAGGUUUUGAAGAGAGAAGGAGUCAAUAUUUAUGCAAUUGGAGUCAGAGACGCUAAUAUUGCUGAACUUCAGGAAAUAGCUAAUGACAAGGCAUUUUUUGUGCAUGAAUUUGAUUCUCUGAAGGCCAUUCAACAGGAAGUAAUACAGGACAUAUGUUCCUCAGAGAGCUGUAAAAAUAGGAAAGCUGACAUCAUCUUUUUGAUCGAUGGUUCAGAAUCUAUCUCCUCACAAAACUUUGAAAAGAUGAAGGCAUUUAUGAAGAGGUUGGUGAGCCAUGCAAAUAUUGGUCCUGAAGAAAUUCAAAUUGGCCUUCUGCAAUUCAGCUCAACUCCUCAAGAGGAAUUCAGGCUCAACCAAUACUACUCAAAGGUGGACAUCUAUAGAGCUAUCUCAGAUAUGCAGCAAUUGAAUGAUGGCACCCGCACAGGCAAAGCCUUGAGUUUUACUCUGCCUUUUUUUGAUGGUUCAAGAGGAGGGAGAGAGAGUGUUCAUCAGUAUUUGAUUGUGAUUACUGAUGGGGUUGCCCAGGAUAAUGUAGUCAUACCAGCUCAGGCUCUCAGGGACAGAAACAUCAUUAUUUUUGCCAUUGGGGUGGGAGAAGCCAAACACUCUCAGCUUUUGGAGAUUACUAAUGAUGAGGACAAAGUAUACUAUGGAGAAAAAUUUGAGUCCCUGCAGAACAUGGAGAAGGAAAUUCUUUUUAAAGUCUGCAUUCCACAAGGAUGCAGUGUAGAUUUGUCCAUAGGAAUUGACAUCUCUACUCCCACAAAGCAAGUUGAGCAGAAGCUUCAACAGUUACUGCCAGAGUUGAUGCACCAUUUGGCUUUUCUUCCCAACAUCAGCUGUAAUGCUCCCACUCAGAUCAAUACUAUGUUUCGCUUCCUGGCUCUUGGCUCCAAUGGUCAGCUAACCUUUGAUUCAGGCCUUGGGAAGCUGAAUAAUGACAGCAUUCAGGUUUUUCUUCAUCAGCAGACUGCCCAAAGUAGCCAUAUGAAUGUGGAUUUUUUGCAGUCUUUGGGCAAUCAUGCUCUCCACUCUUCUGCAAAAGUGAAGGUACUACUUGUGUUUACAGAUGGACUGGAUGACAAUUUACAGGCACUGAAAAUAAUAUCAGAGCUACUCCGCAACAAAGGACUCUCUGGACUUCUCUUUGUUGGCCUGGAAAACGUGCAUAAAUUAGAAGAGCUUCUGGAGCUAGAAUUUGGCAGGGGAUUUGCCUAUAAUCAACCUUUGAGUCUCUCACUGCCAUCUCUCCCAACUACCUUAUUGAGGCAACUGGUAAGUUUGUUUUUUCAAAAACAUUGUUGCAAUAUAUAUGCCAAGUGCUUUGGAGAUGACGGGCAUAGAGGUGGUAGUGGGAACCUUGGAAAGAAGGGAAAGAAAGGCUUUGAUGGAUUACCUGGCUAUUCUGGAGAAGAAGGCCAACAUGGAGAAAGAGGUCCCCGAGGUUUUCCUGGACUCCAAGGAGAGCAAGGAUGCUCAGGUGCCAGAGGGCCUCAAGGUGCAAGAGGAUUUUCAGGAGAAAAGGGCAACUCUGGUGAAGAUGGUUUAGAUGGCCUGGAUGGAGAACAGGGUAAUUAUGGAAUUCCAGGACCAUCUGGAGAAAAAGGAAACCAGGGAAAACGGGGCUUGACAGGACCACCAGGAAAACCUGGAGAGCGUGGUGCACCUGGACUCAGGGGUGAUCCUGGAGAUCCUGGUCUUGACAGUUAUAUCCAAGGCUCAAAGGGAGAAAAGGGAAGACGUGGACACCUGGGAAGUUCUAGCUUUGAUGGACCUCAGGGGGAUACUGGAAACAUUGGUGCUCGGGGAUCAAGAGGAAGAAGAGGUCAGCCAGGAUUGAAGGGUCUAAAUGGAAGAAUUGGUCAACGAGGUUUCCAAGGAGAGCGUGGGCAUCCAGGAUCUAAGGGACCAAGAGGAAGGCAAGGACCACCAGGAAUAUUUGGACAAAAGGGCUUUCAGGGGAUUCAGGGGCAUCUUGGACCUCAAGGACCAAAAGGUUCAGAGGGAAAAUAUGGACCAAUGGGAUUGAAGGGAGAUAUUGGUGAUCCUGGUAUAAAAGGUCCACAAGGAAAACAAGGACCAAGAGGACAGUCUGGAUAUUUUGGUCCAGAUGGAUACGGAUAUCCAGGAAGAAAGGGGAAAAAGGGUGAAUAUGGAUUUCCUGGCUAUCCUGGUGCACAAGGAGAAGAUGGUGACUUGGGCCACCCAGGAGAGAAAGGGGCAAAGGGCAUCAAAGGGAGGAGAGGAAAUGCUGGUUUUCCUGGAUUGGUUGGAACUUCCGGUGACCAAGGCCCACCAGGACCAGAGGGCAUCAAGGGCCCCAAAGGUUUGGUAGACAAAAAACCUUGUGAAAUUGUUGACUUAAUCCGAGAAAACUGUCGUAAGUUGAAAACGGUUCAAAGGAGCCAAAAUUGGAGCAUGGGGAUAGAUCAUGAGCUGAAGACAUUAAUUACUAGUGGGUUGGACAGUGAUUUAGGAGUUUCCAUUUUCAUCAUAAAAGGCUCUUGUGUUUCUAAAUGCCCCGUGUUCCCAACUGAAGUGGUCUUUGCCUUGGAUAUGUCAAGUGGUGUCUCUCAACUGGAGUUUGAGAGAAUGAGAGAUAUUUUAAUAUCUCUGUUGAUGAAGAUGGAAAUAAGUGAAAGUAACUGCCCAACGGGUGCCCGAGUGGCCAUCGUUUCUUACAACUCCAAAACGAAUUACCUGGUCCGCUUCUCAGACUACAAGGGGAAGCUUGCCCUCCUGCAGGCUGUGAGGAAGAUUUCCCUGGAACAGUCCUCUGAAAGCAGGAACCUUGGAGACUCUAUGAGGUUUAUAGGAAGACAUGUAUUCAAGCAUGUGCGUUCAGGUCUUCUCGUGAGAAAAGUGGCUGUGUUCUUCCAGGCAGGCUGGGCUUAUGGUGUCAAUGCUGUCGUCACUGCCAUCCUGGAACUCAGUGCUCUAGAUAUUACCUCUGCAAUCAUCACCUUCACAGAAGAACACAACCUUCCAGAGGCCCUACUGAUGGAAGAAACCAACAGAUUUCACUUGUUUAUCUGGGAGACGAAGUACCAGCAGGAUGUGGAGCACAUGGCCCGUUGCACUCUCUGCUAUGACAUGUGCCACCCAGCCCCAGGAUGCAGACCAGAAACACCUGGGCCCCUGGAAGUAGAUGCUGACUUGGUAUUCCUGGUGGACUACUCCCAACUGGUUGACACCAACCUCUACCAUGCUGCAUUGAAUCUAGUAUCAGCCACGCUCCAUAACCUGGAAAUCUCUGCUCAGCCAAGCGUGUCCUACCAGGGGACUCGUGCAGCUCUCAUGAUACACACGACUCAGGGCUACUGGCCUGGUAGAGGGAGCCUCCCAGUGUUGGUUGCCUUCAACCUGACCUCCUACAACAAGCGGAAACAGAUGCUACAGCGGGUCCAAGAUGUCUCACAUCGCUCCUUGCAGGGAGAGCCCGCACUGGGCCACUCAUUGGAGUGGACCUUGAAUAAUGUGCUCCUGACUGCUCCAUUGCCCAGGAGGAAACAGGUCCUUUUAGCCAUCGUGGCCAGUGAGACUAGUAGUUGGGACCAGGAGAAGCUAAGGACUCUGUCUUUGGAGGCCAAGUGCAAAGGCAUCACUCUGUUUGUGCUUGCCUUGGGUCCUGGUGUGGGAACCGUUGAGCUGGAGGAACUGGCCCUAGUGGCCAGCACCCCAUUGGAACAGCACCUGUUGCACCUCAGGGGAGUCUCAGACCAGGAGCUAGCCUAUGCCAGCAGAUUCAUAAGGGCCUUCCUGAACAUCUUCAAAAGUGGAACAAACCAGUACCCACCCCCAGAACUCAUUGAAGAAUGUGGGGGCCCAAACCGAGGAGACACUCGGCUAAAAUCACUUUUGCCUCUCUCAGGUUUAGAAGCUCCUGAUGCAAUCACCGCUUUUCUAGAGGAGCAAAGUAAAGUUCUAGCGACAUCUACAAUUCGUCAAGAAUCACUUGACAUUUUUGCAAGGAACGGCUAUGAGGCUGAAGAAAAUCAAGUCAAAAGGCUACUCAAACAAAAUGAAACAGGAAAAAAAGAACCUUCUGGCACUGUUGAUGGUCCUUGUUCCUUGGAGCCAAUGGAAGGUGAAUGCCAGGAUUACAUCCUCAAGUGGUACUACAGCAAAAAAGAGGGCCUUUGCCGACAGUUCUGGUAUGGCAGCUGUGGGGGCAACGCCAACCGUUUUGAAAGUGAAGAAGAAUGCAUGACUCAUUGUGUAUCUCAGCACUACUAG